AUGGGAGCGCAAUACGUCUACCAUAAAACUGUUGCCACAUUUCUCCGCGCCCUUGUUCGACCCAGACUUCACAUUCAUCCCAAACCAGAUGACACAGUAUUCGUUCCGUCUCGCGAUGAUGGCCGAACUAUCAAAACCAACGUCUACGGAGUAGCUGGAGAGAAAGCAACUCCCGUCCUGAUCAACUUCUGUGGCAGUGGAUUUGUUUUACGCACCUUUGGCAACGAUGACGAAUACUGCCGUUUCAUCGCAGAUAAGACCGACUACACUGUAAUCGAUGUGCAGUACCGACUUGCUCCCGAGAACAUCUUCCCGGCCGCCUUCAAUGACGCCGAGGACGUUGUGAAAUGGGUGCUGUCGCAGCCCGAUCGCUUCGAUGCCUCUUGCAUCUCGCUUUCAGGGUUUAGCGCUGGAGCCAACAUCGCGCUCGCAGUGGCAUCAUCAUCUAAGCUUUUUGGUGGCGAGGAGCAGAAGAGCAUUUUCAACACAGUGGUCUCCAUUUACGGACCGACUGACAUGGCUCUGCCAACUCCUGAAAAGCCGUUGCUCGACCAAUCUAACUGGAUCAUGAACACGAUUUUUCCAAAGUUCUCUCACACGUGUCACAAACUACUGAACCCAGGGGCCGUUGAUCCUUAUGAUCCCCGCAUUUCUCCUGCAUUUGCUGAUCCGCACAACUUCCCGAACAAUGUUUUGUUUAUCACUGCCUCCCAGUGUUCAUUCGCGACAGAGGCAGAAACUUUGUCAGAGAAGAUUGAUGGCAUCGAGGGAAAGAACUCUUUGAGUCGCCGAAUGGAGGGAUGCGCCCAUGGCUGGGAUAAGGAGGCCGUUCGUGGAACAUCUCAAUGCAAAGCGAAGGACGAGGCGUACGCAUUGGCAGUGGCGACUUUGCAGAGAGGCUAA